CGCCGAACGCGGAUGUGAAUCACACUGAAUCAAAUGAACCAGAUGAUCCGGAUCCACACAGGGAAAUAUUCGCGAUUGCUCGCAUGAAACACCGAACACUCGUGUGUGAAGGAUGCGAGAACCCGAGAUAAUGUCCGGGGACGUCAAAUCCACCGAGCGAGAUGCUGAAGAGGCCGUGGAGAGCGGGCUGAUCCUGGACGAUGGAGUCCUGUACUCGGAGGACUGGAGCGUCGGGCCGCACUGUAGUUUGAAUGACAGCGAGCCUGAGGAGGUUCUGAACGCCAUCAACCCGAACGAGAUGUACACGUCAGCGCUGUCCGAGAGCGACAGUGGCCUGUCUGAGGACCAGUCCGACGAGCAGAACCACAGCGUGUAUCAGGUGGUGUAUGACAUCAGCGGUGUGGGCGGAGCCAGCGCAGAGCAGCAGCCGCCACAUAUGAUCUCCAUAGAGCUGGAUGAGUGGAGCUCUCAGAUGCUGCUGUCGGAGUCGUGUGUGGUCAACGAGCUGGUGUCGUCUGUGAAGGUGGAGAAUGUUUCCAAUCACGACAUGCAAAACAUGCACAACCCAGAGAGCUUUUUGGUUUAUCCCGACCUUCAGCUCACAGACGAGGAGCAGAAGCUCCUGGACCAGGAGGGGAUUUCUCUGCCUAAUAAUCUGCCCUUAACAAAGGCCGAGGAGAGAAUCCUGAAGAAAGUGAGACGGAAGAUCCGGAACAAACUCUCGGCUCAGGACAGUCGCAGGAGGAAGAAGGAGUAUAUCGACGGCCUGGAGAGCAGGGUGGCAGCUUGUUCAGCCCAGAAUAAAGAACUGCAGAGAACCGUCACCCAGUUGGAGAAACACAACAUGUCUCUUAUGGCGCAGCUGCAUAAACUGCAGGCGUUGAUCAAGCAAACGGCCUCGAAAGCGGCGCAGACGAGCACAUGCGUCCUGAUUCUGGUGUUCUCUCUGGCUCUGCUGAUCUUCCCGAGUUACAGUCCGUUCAGCAGGAGUUCCCCGUCGCUGGAGGACAGUUACGCCCCGUCCGGCGUCCUGUCCAGAAACAUCCUGAAUGACGCGGGCUCUCUGGCGCUCCUGGAGGAUCCGCUGGUCCCAGAUCCCACAGAACUGAAGCUGUCGGACGCGGACUGGCCCUCAGAUGCGCAGGCGCAGUCGGAAGAGCAGAGGAACGGCACGAUCGCAGACACACUCCUGACUCUAUCGGCUCCUGCAGACGCAGACACACUCCUGUCUGUGUCUCUAACGGCUCCUGCAAACGCAGACGCAGUCGCAGCCACGCAGACGCAUGCAGACGAGAUGUGACCCUCUGUUAGAUACGGCUCUAUGGAGUCAGUUUUGUGCCAUAAUUAAAGGCGUGGCUGAUUAUAAUUUCACUUUUCUAACUUCAGUGAGUGUGUAAUGUUGCUGUUUCAGCAUAAACAACAUCUCAAAGUUCAAAGAGAGAUCAUUUAUGUUAAAGAAAUUGCUUUUUAAGAACUACAGCAAACGGCUGGUAGAGACUACACGACUUCCUCCCGGGUUAGUGACAUCACAGACCGUAAAAUUUACAUAAACCCCGCCCCCAGGAACGCGAUUUGUAGAUAAUCAUGAUAGAAUUUGCUAAUCAAUGGCUAGAAGAUAAGCACACACACGCACAAGCUCCUGAAGCUCCGCCCCCUGUGCCGGGAGCUGCAGCUCAUUUGCAUUUAAAGGGGCACACACAAAAACUACGUUUUUGCUCACUCUCAAACAGUGACAAUUUUAACAUGUUAUAUAAAAAUAUCUGUGGAGUAUUUUUAGGUAAAACAUCACACACACUCUAGGGACAUCAGAGACUUAUUUUACUCCUUGUGAAAUGGGCAUUAUACCACCCGAUUAAACGAACAAAUCCAGCAUUUAGCAAACAAACUCGAUCUGCUUUGCAAAGGAAAACUCGACUCACAAACAGAAAGGUCUAUUUAAAUUAAAAAAGCAGAGAAGUGACAAAUAUGUAUUGUGUUUUACAAAUAUAAAGGAUCAUGAAACCCUCUAUUUAAUUAAAUUAAAUGUUCUUCUUAAUUUAAUAGACUCGCUCAGUGCAGACAUAAUCACUAAUUUGGUCAUUUCGCACGUUUCCGAUGUAGAAAAAUGUACAAAGCAAUAAAGUUUGUUCUGCGAGUCGAGUUCUCCUUUGCAAAGCGGAUCGAGUUGGUUUUUCUAAAAUGCUGGAUUUGUUUGUUUAAUUAUAGCACAAAAUCCACUCCAUACGGUUUGCAUUAUUUAUUCUCACUGAACUCGGACACGGGUGUGUUUGAGCAGCGUCGUCUUCAUCAUCAUCAUCAUCAUCAUCAUCAUGUGCUUUAGUGUGUCACAACACAGAGAUUAAAACACUUUUGAUUUAGGGACAUUUCAGCUUGUUUAGUUCUGAUUUGGUUGUCACUUGUGCUGCUUCUCAUGGCCCCUUAUAAAAAAAAAAGGUAAUUGCGACUUUUUAUCUCACAAUUCUGGCCUUUUUUCGCAAUUGCAAGUUUAUAUAUGACUUUGCAUUCCUCGCUGCGAGCGAGAUCUAGAUAUCGAGUGAGUGUGAACGGAUCUGAUGUCAAGCCGCUUCAGAAUAUCCAUGUUUUACUGCUUCUGAUGCUAGGAUUGGGUCUCUUCUUAUUUGAUUGUCUUCUGAAUAAAAGUUACAUUCAUAAUA